AUGGCCGCACGCACUUUGAGGAUAGGCCUCAUCCCCGGCGACGGCAUCGGCCGCGAAGUCAUCCCCGCGGGCCGCCGCAUCCUCGAAGCCCUGCCCUCGUCCUUCAACCUAAAAUUCUCCUUCACGCACCACGAAGCCGGCUGGGAAACCUUCCAAAAGACCGGCGCCGCCCUCCCCGACGACACAGUCUCAGCCCUAAAGUCCGACUGCGACGGCGCCCUCUUCGGCGCCGUCAGCUCGCCCACCGUGCAAACAAAGGGCUAUUCCAGUCCGAUUGUGGCGUUGAGGAAGAAGAUGAAGCUUUAUGCUAAUGUAAGGCCGGUUAAGAGUGUUAGGGGAGGGUUGAAGGAGGUGGAUAUGGUUAUUGUGAGGGAGAAUACGGAGGAUCUUUAUGUUAAGGAGGAGAAGACGUAUGCGGCGCCUGAUGGGAGUAAGAUUGCUGAAGCGAUCAAACGUAUCUCCGAAACCGCGAGCUUCAACAUUGCGGAAAUGGCAGGCGACAUCGCACUCCGCCGGCAACGCGUCCGCGACGCAGGUGCAAAGUCUAUUCACCAGUCUCCGCUGGUUACGAUAACGCAUAAAAGCAACGUGCUGAGCCAAACCGAUGGUCUCUUCCGCGAAACCGCGCGCCGGGCGCUUCAGAACAGGAAAUACGGUGGUGUGAACGUGGAGGAACAAAUCGUCGACUCAAUGGUCUACAAACUCUUCCGCCAACCCCAGGACUACGACGUCAUCGUCGCGCCCAACCUUUACGGCGACAUCUUAUCCGACGGCGCCGCCGCACUCGUCGGCUCCCUCGGUCUCGUUCCCUCCGCGAACGUAGGCAAGGACUUUGUAAUCGGCGAGCCGUGUCAUGGGUCUGCGCCUGAUAUUGAGGGCCAGGGUAUUGCGAACCCCAUUGCGACCAUUAGGAGCACGGCGUUGAUGUUGGAGUUUAUUGGCGAGGAGGAGGCGGCGGCAAGCAUUUACAAGGCCGUAGAUGCUAACCUCGAGGAGGCGAGGCUGCUCAGCCCUGACAUGGGCGGUAAGGCGAAGACGGAGGAGAUCAUCGAGGAUAUCUGCAAGAGGUUGUAA